AUGGCAUUCAAAUUCAUCGCACUCUUCGCUCUGGUUGCCGCUGCUAGCGCUGCUUUUGUGCCAGUUGCCGUUAAGCACGUCGAAUACAACGAUGCUCCAGCUGAAUACCAGUUCUCGUACUCUGUUCACGAUGACCACACCGGAGACAUCAAGAGCCAACAGGAGGAACGUCACGGAGACAAUGUGAAGGGACAGUACACUCUGGUCGAUGCCGAUGGAUACCGUCGCAUUGUUGACUACACCGCUGAUGAGCACACCGGCUUCAACGCUGUCGUUCGCCGUGAACCUCUGACCAACAAGGUCGUCAAGGCCAUUGUUCCAGUCGCAAAGAUUGUUGCCCCAGUUGCCCACCAUUAUGUUGCUCCAGUGGCCAAGGUCGCCUAUCCAGUGCAUAAGAUUGCUGUCCCAGUUGCCAAGGUCGCUGUUCCAGUUCAUAAGGUUGCCUAUGCCAGCAACUUGGCUACCGUGAGCUUCUCCGCCCCAAGCCUGAGCUAUCACUAUUAGAAAA